GAUGAAGAUUGACUGACAAGCUCAUCCACCAAUCACAGACAAGGAGUGAAAGGCGUAAGUUCGUGUGUGUUCGCCACUUCACCUCGGCGUGUCUCUCACCGAACACCAGUCAGAGUGUGGACGAACCGGAGGAAAAGUCUGCUCCGUGGAAGUUCACGGUACAAACAGUCUGGUGUGACGUCACUGAUGGCUGACCCACUGAGCGACGUCAGUUCAUAACAGCUGUUGACCCACAGACUGCGGAGUGGGCUGAAUGGGUCUGGACCUCUGUGCGUCCUACUGGCUGGAUAUCGGGUCGGAUGGGAUGCACGGUGAGUUUCAUCUGCUGUGAGGAGGACUUUCUGCAGAUGCCAGUGUUCCACCAUGAGGAGGAGGAGGAGGAGGAGACGAAGGAGAAGAAGGAGAGAGUGAAGAAGCCAGAGGAGUUGGAGGCCCUUCAUUCCCACACGUUCAGAGUCAAGACUUUCAAGAAGACCAAACACUGCAGUUUCUGUAAGCAGACCAUCGUCCAGGAUGGACUGGUCUGUCGAGUCUGUCGACUCGCCUGCCACAGGAAAUGUGAGGCCAAGGUAAGACUGGAGGCUUUUAUUCACUGGUAUUUGCCUGUGCUGUGUUUACGUUUGGGUGAUGUGGAUCUGAAGAAUGUCCAAACAAGUGGCCUCAGUGUCAGAAGGUGUUUCUAUUGGCUGAGGUCACAUCUGAGCCGCUGGACGCGGGCUAAAAAUAGAUGGAAUUAUCUGGGAGGAAAAGAAAUUACAGUCGCAGCGGAAGGAAGUUUGAUGUGGAGCUCCUUCAGCAUCAGUCUUCAUCAGAGCCACCGUACCACGGGUGUCACAGUCACCUUGGGUCACCUGUCCCAUACAUCCUAUAAAUAUUUCUUGUGGUUUCCAGAACAUUCUGGCGAAGUAGAAGCAGCGGUCUUCUACUUCGCCAGACCGCUGCAGGGCAACGCCACACUCAGCCAGGUGGUGUUCCACAUCUGGGAGGGGUCCAGAUGUGGAGUCUACCUCACCCACGUGCCCUCAUCAGGGGCAAAACCAAAUCUUUUCCUGGCAGCGACGGCUGAUGACGAGGAAACAUCCGAGCAGAGCCUCGGUGUCGGCCACAGAGAACUCCCUGGAUUCCCCGUUUUUUUUUUCCUUCGUCCUCUGUCUUCACCGUCAGAAGAAGAGAAGAGGGGGGUGAGGUCUGCCGGGGGAGGGUGGGGGACUCACUGCUGGACCCACAGCAGGGACAGACAGCCUGCUCACAUGGACCACGGCGGGUCUUUAAGGAGACGGCUCUCCUCUCUGAGGGGGGCCUGGCGAUGGAGUACGGGGUACUUAUUCAGGAAGGGUUCCACAAAGUCCUCAAAGAGCGUGGAGUCACGACGCAGACCGUCAAGGAGUGCCAGUCUGCUGCAGGCCGUGGAGGAGAACUACGACCUGGACCUGCUCUACAUCACGGAGCGGAUCAUCUCCGUCUCCUUCCCCGGCAGCGUCGACGAGCACAGUUACGCCGCCAACCUGCAGGAGGUCGCCUCCAUGCUGCGCUCCAAACAUGGCCAAAACUACCUGCUGUUCAACCUCAGUGAAAAGCGUUAUGACAUCACGCAACUCAAUCCAAAGGUCAUAGAUUUCGGCUGGCCUGACUACCAUGCUCCGGCUCUGGACAAAAUCUGCAGCAUCUGCAAAGCCAUGGACACGUGGUUGACCGCCGACAGCCACAACGUGGUGGUCAUACACAACAAGGGCAACCGGGGCAGGACCGGAGUGGUGGUGGCAGCGUACAUGCAUUAUCCUGUCUUUAAUUGCAGCGCCGACCAGGCUCUGGACAGAUUCGCCAUGAAACGAUUUUAUGAAGACAAAGUUCUUCCUGUAGGUCAGCCGUCACAGAGGAGGUACGUGGAGUACUUCCGGGGUCUGCUCUCUGGACACAUCAAGAUCAACAACAAACCCCUGUUCCUCCAUCACGUCAUCAUGCACGGCAUCCCUAACUUUGAGUCUAAAGGAGGUUGCCGUCCUUUUCUGAAAAUCUACCAAGCCAUGCAGCCCGUCUACACAUCUGGGAUCUAUAACGUGCAGGGCGACGGCCAGACCAGCAUCUGCAUCACCAUCGAACCUGGACUCCUUCUGAAAGGAGACAUCCUGCUCAAAUGUUAUCACAAGCGUUACCACAGCCCCAGCAGAGAUGUGAUUUUCCGGGUGCAGUUUCACACGUGCGCCAUCCACGACCUGAGCAUCGUCUUUGGGAAAGACGAGCUGGAUGAGACGUUUAAAGAUGACAGGUUUCCUGAAUACGGAAAAGUGGAGUUUAUUUUCUCAUUUGGACCAGAGAAAAUCAAUGGUCCAGGUGUGGACCACCUGGAAAAUGGACCCAGUGUCUCUGUGGACUACAACACCCAGGAUCCUCUGAUCCGCUGGGACUCGUAUGAAAACUUCAGUCAAAGCCGUGAGGACGAAGCAGAAGACCUCGUCCACACACAAGGACCUCUGGACGGCAGCCUGUACGCCAAAGUCCGCAAAAAGGACUCAGUUGAAGGAGCGGUGAAAGCCAAUGGCCUUUCUCCGUCUGCUGUGGAACAUACCUCGCCCGUGAUCGACCACGCCCUGUCGGUGAGCAGCGAUUCAGGAAACUCCACCGCCUCCAUUAAAACUGACCGCACCGAUGAGGUGGCGGCAGGACCUCAGACAUCAUCAUCAACCGUGAGCCAGAAACUUCCUGUUCCUGUGGUGGAGGAGUCGCCCAAAGGUCAUCGCCUCACACCACCUGCUCAGCAGCCAAUCAGUCAGGCCGAGAAGCAGGAGCUGGAGCAGCUGCUCAGCGGCCUGGAGGGUCCCAUGCACCAACAGGGCUAUCUCUCCACUACAGCAUCCACUGCCAGAGGGAUGCUCCACCUAGUGCCAGCGCAGGUCCAUGUCAACGGACACGGUACCGUGGACCGAGAAACGGACAUAUUGGAUGAUGAGCUGCCCACCAGUCAGGAGGGCAACAGUGUGGACAGCCUCGGAACGUUCUCCUCCAUAGAUGGUCGAGCCACACCCGCUGACAUCUACUACCAGUCCGAGUCACUGACCAACGGUCAGGACCACGUGCCGUAUUUGGAAUGCAGCGGUCCAGAAAAACGUCAGAUAACCCACGUGGAUAAACGUCUACCUUUGACCCAGAGCGAUUUAGACAUUUCAUCAGUCACAUAUUCAGACCAGCCGAACGGCAGCCUGUACCGGUCCCUGUCACUGGGGGGAGAACCAAAGUGUUUGCCUCAAGCUCCCGCCCGCACCACCAGCAGCAGAAAUGCUGUCCAGCGUGGUCUGAAUGUCUGGCAGCGGUUUGGAGUUCCAGAGGAGCCAGUCUUUGAUGAAAUAACCUUCAGCCCUCCCUCUGUGGCAACGAUGACCAACUACCACCGCCCCCUGCAGUUCCCUCAUGGUGACAGCGCCUCACAACAAGAGAUUGAGCAAUCCAUCGAAACCCUCAAUCUUCUCAUGUUGGACCUGGAACCUGGCUGUCCGCCGGUCCCCAAGUCCCAGAGUGCUCCACUGCAGGACAACGGUGCAGUGGUGACCACACAGCCGUCCUUCUCCCAGAGCCAAACCAGACCCUCUUAUCAGGGCAGUGUGGCAAGUAAUAGCCACGUGUUCGGUCCUGCCUCCGGUCCGGUCAGAUAUUCUUCACCUGCUCAAAUGUCACAAGACAAAGUGGAAUUUCCAAACGAUGCUUCUGAAACCACGGCAGCCGACCCUCCCUUACAAAGACUGCCGGUUGUAGCGGCUCAAAACCAGGUCCAGCUGAGACCCAGCAACACCUACCCCUCCAUCCCGCUGUCCCAGGUGGAUGAGCCCCAGAGAAGCCACAGCACUUUGUCAGGAUCUCCACAGCCGAGAACCUCCGAGUCCAGUGAUGUCUUCAAUGUUGAAGGUCUGGUUUCGCAGAGACUUGCUGGUCUUCAGGCUCAGACUCAGUCCUCAGACGAGUCCGGCACUCUGCCUCGCCGUCGUAUCACCGGCGACAGUCAGUAUCAGAGUGAUUUGGAUGACGGCCCGUCUCCUGAUACGCCGCUCCGUUCCCCCAUCCGGUGUAUUUCUCCAGAGUUCGCAAACGCCAUCGCAAUGAAUCCUGGAGGACGUCCAAAAGAGAGAAACAUGCACAGCUACCGGGAGGCGUUUGAGGAAAUGGACGGAGGCCCUGAUAGUCCGACACCCACAGUUGGUGGUGAGGUGUUCCCCCAAACCCCUGCCUUCCCCGUUUUGCCACAAACCCCUUACUUCAACCUGUGUCGAUCUCCUCCUGGUCUGGCUAAGACCCCACUGUCGGCCCUGGGGUUGAAGCCACACAACCCAGCAGAAAUCCUCCUGAAUCAAACAGGCCCAGCGCCGAGAACCUACGUGGAGUCUGUGGCACGGUCAGCAGCUGCGGCUGGCGAGGUGCCCAAAUCCCCACGAAGCCUCAGCCCGCUGACAGAGACAACAAACCAGGAGAGAAGUCCCAGCCCCCCCACCCCCCACCCCCUCAACCCCCCUCUGUCCAGCAGCAGUCCCAUCCAGAACUCUCUGGGGUAAGUGUCCCCAUGGUGCACAGAGGGCAGUGUUAACACUCCAUCACAACCCACAGUUGAUUCCAGCUUCAGUCCUCGCGCCACAGAAAUCACCUACCCGACUCCAACCUCCUUAUAUCAAAGUGCCAACACGCCCAUUUCUUCGUACUUUGAUUCAAGAACCCCGGCUUCCCCCCACCUCGGCACCAACACCCCCACGCAGUCCUACCUUGACCCCAAUGCCUUCCUGGAGAGUUACGUGUCACCGUGUUUGACUCCUCCCGUGCCAAAACCCUCCCCGAACAUCGUCAGCCAUGGGAGUCACCACGCACCCCAACAAGUCCACGUCCCCGGAUCCGCUCACAAAACUGUCCCACAGCAGUGUCCCGGUUCUGGUCAAGACGGUUACAGUCCAAAAAUGGUGCCCGCCAAUGGGUUUGAUGUGGGCGUGCAGAGCUUGCCCGGUGGCAGUCCAGUUCUCGGUCGGCAGUUCUCUGAAAGAGUCCAGAGAAGUCCGGUCCUCAGCAGACAGGCCUCUCUGGGUCAGGUUCCUCAGCACAGUCCUGUCCUCAGCAGACAGCAGUCCCUGGGCCAGCCCACACAGGGCAGCCCCGUCCUCAGCAGACAGUCGUCCGUCACGCACCCGCAGGGAAGCCCACUUUUAGGCCGCCACGUCUCCGUGUCCCAGGCGUCCCAGAGAAGCCCUAGUUUGGACCGACACCCGCUGCACAGCGGAUACACCACCCCAGACGAAAGACACGGAAAUCUGUCCAGACAGAGCAGCUCCUCAGGAUACCAGGGACCACCAACCCCCUGCUUCCCCGUCUCCCCUGCAGGUUACCAGGACGCGGGGGCGUUGGGCGUGGGUGUGGGCUUCAGGCAGGGGAGUCCGGCUCCCGCCUUCCAGCCCCAGCUUCCAGAGAAAAGACGUAUGUCCAGUGGGGACAGACCAAAUGAGGGUUCCUCGUUUGGUACAAUGAACGGGAAGUUGAUGUCUCCGGUGGCCGGCGGGGGCACUCACGGCUACUUCCACACGUUCUCCGACUUCUCAAAGUUCAAGACGUCAGAUGGAAGUCCAGAGAACAAACUGAACGUUAAGUUUGUACAGGACACGUCCAAGUUUUGGUACAAGCCGGACAUCUCCAGAGAGCAAGCCAUCAGCCUGCUGAGGGAGAUGGAGCCUGGAGCGUUCAUAAUCCGAGACAGUCACUCGUUCAGGGGGGCCUACGGCCUGGCCAUGAAGGUGGCCUCGCCCCCCCCCACUGUGCAUCAGAAUAAGAAAGGUGACGCCACAGCCAACGAGCUGGUGAGACACUUUCUGAUCGAGAGCAGCCCCAAAGGAGUGAAGCUAAAGGGUUGUCCUAACGAGCCCUACUUUGGUUGUCUCUCUGCGUUGGUUUACCAACAUGCUAUCACACCACUGGCUCUGCCCUGCAAACUGCUCAUCCCUGCCACAGAUCUAAAUGAGGAAACGCAACCUGUUGCAGCAACAAAUCCAGUCACUGAGCAGUUGAAACAAGGAGCAGCAUGCAAUGUGCUCUAUAUCAACUCACUGGAGAUGGAGUCCCUGACUGGUCCUCAGGCAAUCGCCAAGGCCAUCACUGAGACACUGGCUGCUGUUCCGCCACCUACUGCAACUGUUGUGCACUUCAAGGUGUCCUCUCAAGGCAUCACGCUGACGGACAACCAGAUGAAGAUUUUUUUCCGACGCCACUAUCCAAACAACACUGUCACAUUCUGUGAUAUCGACCCUCAGGAUAGAAAGUGGAAAAAGCCAGAAGGGGGUGCUGCAAAGUAAGUCAAUGAUGUAAUGAUUUUUUUCACCAUCUGACCACAUGGCAUGAGAUUUUUUUUCAGGAAAAGAUCAUUUUUAGGAAAAUUAGUUUUUGACCAAAAAUGGCAGGAAAAGUACACAUUUGUGUGAUAGAAACUUAAAAAUAUAUAUAUAUUUAAAAAAAUAUUCUUUAAAUGUUCUAACUUUUUGAGAAACAUGCAGGAAAAUAUCAAAUUUGAAAAAAAAUAAUUUUAC